ACAAUUUUCACUAUACGUCGAAAUUUACACCCCUGUUCCGCUAGUAUUAUUUCUAAACUAAAGAAACACAAUAAUUUGACCAGAAAAAACAAAUACAAACAGUUAAUCAUUAAUAAAAAGAAGAAGACCGAAUACGUCGCACAGUCAAUACUCAAGAAGACUGCUCUCUCUGCUAUCUUCCUUCCCCUCAUCUUUCCAAGCUUACCCAGUCAGUCAAUGGCCGCCCUUCUCUCUCCUCUUCUUCUUCUUCUUCUUCUUCUUCCAUCUCCAUCUCUCUCCUCCUAACCCGAAUUUCCGCCUUCCCCUCCCUCCAUUUCCCCACCACCAUCCCCCAACCCGAAACGGAAAUCCAAUCAACAGAAACCAGACGACGGAGAUGGACACAGACGCCAGGAUCUGCUCCCUUCUCCUGCUGAGUUCCGUAUUCUUAUUCUCCAUCCUCUCCCUUCUUCCCCUCUCCACCGCCAUUGAGGACGACUUGAUGUGCCUGGAAGGCGUCAAGAAGGCUCUGGACCCGCAAGGGCGGCUCUCCACCUGGAACCUCAACAACAACUCCGUCGCCGCUGUCUGCAAGCUCGACGGCGUCUCCUGCUGGAACGAGAAGGAGACGCGAAUCAUCAGCCUCCAGCUCCCUGAUUUCCAGCUCUCCGGUCAGCUCCCGGAGUCUCUCAAGUACUGCCGCAGCCUCCAGGUCCUGGAUCUCUCCAACAACGACCUCUCCGGUUCCCUCCCUCCCCAAAUCUGCAACUGGCUGCCGUACAUCGUCACGCUGGAUCUCUCCGGCAACUCCAUCUCCGGCUCCCUCCCGCCGGAGAUCGUCAACUGUAAGUUCCUCAACAACCUCUACCUCAACGGCAACAGGAUGUCCGGUUCGAUCCCCUACGGCCUCGGCCGGCUGGACCGUCUGAAGAAGUUCUCCGUCGCGGAUAACGAGCUCUCCGGCUCGGUCCCGUCCGAUUUGGCCACUUUCCCCGAGGCCGACUUUGACGGCAACGGCAAGCUCUGCGGCCGGCCGCUGGGGAAGUGUGGCGGAUUGAGCGGCAAGAGCCUGGCGAUCAUAAUUGCCGCCGGAGUGAUCGGAGCCCUCGGCUCUUUGAUUCUAGGGUUUGCAAUUUGGUGGUGGCUGUUCGGCAAGAGGGCGGCGGCUGCGGGCACUCGGAAAGACGAUUCGAGCUGGAUCGAUUUUCUCCGGUCGCGUAAACUCGUCCAGGUUUCCCUCUUCCAGAAACCAAUCCACAAGAUGAAGCUCUCCGAUUUGCUGGUGGCCACCAACCAUUUCGAGUUCGAGAACAUUAUCAUUUCCACUAGAACGGGGGUUUCUUACAAGGCUGUGCUGCCUGAUGGGUCUGCCCUCGCCGUUAAGAGACUCAGCGGCUCCAAGCUCGGGGAGAAGCAAUUUAGGUCGGAGAUGAACCGGUUAGGACAGCUGAGGCAUCCCAAUCUUGUGCCAUUGCUGGGGUUCUGUGCGGUGGAGGAAGAGAGAUUGCUGGUGUACAAACACAUGCCUGGUGGAACUCUGUACUCUCAGCUGCACGGGACUGGUUUUGGGAUUGGUCAGGGAUGUUCACUCGAUUGGCCGACCAGGGUAAGGAUCGGGGUUGGUGCGGCCAGAGGGCUCGCCUGGCUUCACCAUGGAUGCCAACCUCCUUACAUUCAUCAGUACAUGAGCUCCAAUGUGAUACUCCUGGAUGAUGAUUUCGAUGCUAGAGUCGCGGAUUUUGGGCUCGCGAGACUGGCUGCCACUCGUGAUUCGAAUGAUAGUUCCUUCAAUGGUGACUUGGGGGAGUUCGGGUACAUUCCUCCGGAGUACUCCAGCACUAUGGUGCCAUCGCUGAAGGGGGAUGUGUACGCAUUCGGGGUCGUGCUUCUUGAGCUGGUCACAGGGCAGAAGCCCUUGGAUGUGAACAAUGGGGAUGAAGGUGGGUUCAAAGGGAACUUGGUGGAUUGGGUGAACCAGCUGGUGAUCACCGGUCGUACGAAGGAUUGCAUCGAUAAAUCGCUGGUGGGGAGAGGUCAGGACGACGAGAUGUCUCAUUUCUUGAAGGUUGCUCUGAAUUGCGUGGGUUCUAGGCCGAAGGAUAGGCUGGCCAUGUACCAAGUUUACGAGUCCUUGAAGGGGUUGGCUGAGAAACAUGGGAUGACAGAGCAGUACGAUCACGAGUUCCCUCUGGCUUUUGGUAAGCAGGUGGUUGGUGAUUGCAAAGAGUAGAAGAUUAUCGAUCCAUUGGAAAAGGAAAUGGAAUUCCUAUUGGUUUGUGAAAAUUUGUUGUCUGCAUGGAGGAUUCGGAGAAUUUUUUUUCCAUAAGUGGAUUAGAAAUUUAGAAUGCUGCUGCUGCUGCUUGUGCUUCUUCCACUUAGAACAAGAUAGAUCGAAAAGACCAACCAAAAACCAGUGUGUUGUUAUGUGCUCAAUCAUCUUGUUGGUACAAAAUUUUCUGUACAUUAUUUCAUGAAAAGCAGAUUAUGCCCUCACCCUCACUAGUCAGUAGUCACUGCCAUCACUGUACUUCGUAGUUUGGUGUAUCUUAGCAAUGCAGUUGCCGGAGAAAAAAAGAUUGGUGCUUUAUAACAAACAGUCGCCGGAAAAUACUACUCGGUCAUCGCUUUGUCUGGGAUCACAGUACUUUUACUUCUUUUGACGAGUACAUUUGCAUCUACAGUUUGGGGGACAUCAUGUGUUUUUGUGUGACCACAUUCAUUCUAUGGGGAGAGAUUGAACCCUAGGCGAGCAACAAUUGGAUUUGAAACAAAUUGUGAUCUGCAUUUGUUACAUCGAAAAGUAUCGAUAUCGAAUUUGAUCGGGAAGAUUUUCUAUACGAAUUUUAUAACUUCGAUCAUCAUAGAUGUAAAGAAAACACUAAUCAGAUC